CAGUCACACAUCAGAGAAGGAGAAUAAAUAAACAAAGAAUACAUACAUACAGAACACAAAAGUAAAAAAAAAAAAACAUUCAAAAAAUAAGAAAUGGCAAAAGCUAUUGUUCUCCUCUCUGCCCUUUGCGUUUUGGCCGUUGCCAAUUUCGCCGUUGCCGACUUUGAAAUCUUCGAUGUCGAAGGCAAAGUCUUUUGUGACACAUGCCGUCUUGGAUUCGUCACCUCCCUUAGCGAUACCAUUGAAGGUGCCACGGUGCGCUUGACAUGCAGGGACAUGGAGACACACAAUGAGACCUUCACAACUGAAGGGAAAACAGACUACAUUGGCAAAUACACAUUGACAGUUGAAGGUGACCAUGAAAAUGACAUUUGUGAGGUUACUUUGGUAAAUAGCCCAAAAGAUGAUUGCAAGGAAAUUGUUCCUGAUAUGGUUAACAACAGAGUUGUAUGCAGUAAAAAUGUUGGAAUGCACAAUGCUGUCCGUUUUGUUAACCCACUUUUCUUCCAAAAAGACAAACCUAUCCAGGGUUGCAAAGAACUUGUUGAGCAGAUGGAGCUUGUUGAUCUCUCAAUUCUCGAAAAUGACAAAGAAGAAAAUUAAGAGAGAAUAAUAUUAUAGCUUUUGCACCUUUCAUAAUUUAUUCAUUUCGCAAUUUAUAAAAAGAAGAAGAAGAAUAAAUCUAUAGUGAUUUCUACUGAAUGUGUAACUCAACAUGGAAAACAAAAAACAAAAGAAAUUCCAUGAUUCUCGAAUGAGAAGAUCAAUAAUAGCUUCUUA